AUGGCACCGUCUCAGGCUGUAGAUCUCUCGGCAGCCGCAGUCUCUCAAGGUGCAAAUAACUCUUCUCUGGAAGCUUUUUCUCCCACAAUUUUAUCUGCUGUAGGAACUUCUUUCGUAUUCUCGUUCUUGAACAGCCACAUAAGCGCAAAGGACACUUCUUACACGGAGAAUUUGUCGGUAACCAUCACGAAUCCUGGGACUGUCGAUGCCACAGUGACGGUACUUUAA